GAAGGCAUCUGCGUGACGUCGCUGUUUAUGUUUCAUGGAGGGAUGUGUAGUUUCCAUCUACUAUGCUAAUGCUAAUGCUAGCUUAAAAGCUGUUUAAAACCUGUUUAAAUCCAAGGUACGUCUUCGCAGCCCGUGUUUCGUUUGCAUUAGCUGAGACAUGUGAACGUGCGCGUCACUGAGUCUGAUUCUCCGUGUGUCCUGUGAGGCCGCUCAACUUCAGCUGAGGGGAGUCUGUGGCUGCAAGUGAAGCGAUGGAGUCGCUGGUGAAGGACAACCCGAUCCUUCUGCCCCUCAACUCAGACAGGACGGUCUAUGACGGGUUCAUCACCGUCCAGGAACGAGACUUCAGACUGAGAAUAGUGCUGCCACCAGAUCACGAACUCAAACGGGCCAAGUUGCACUGCAGCUGGCAGGUAAAACACCUGUUGCGUGGAUAUGAGCACAUAGUGAAGCAGAGGCUGCAGCAGUCGGCCGAUCUUGUCACUUUCUUACUGGAGCUGAAGACUGUCUUGGAAGUGGGUCUGAAGAGCCGACCUGAGUGCAGCUCCAUCCCACCUCCUCAGUAUUACUCGCAGCUCAUCUCUGAGAUGGAGACCCUUGGAUGGGACAAGCUGCUUUUCAUAGACACAGAGUUCCGAACACUGAGACUGAAGGCGCAAGACUCCUCUGGAAGGCAGCACAUUCUCACUAUUAAACUCAAGUCGAAGCACCCUGCAGAGGCCCCUGAAUGCUCAGCUGACCUGCCCCUCCCUCUGGCCAUAACAUGGACACCACAGACUACUCUAGAGCAGCUCCACAACCAGUUCCUGCUGGUUUUGGACUCCCUGACAGAGUUCUGGGACGUCCUGGACGAGAUCGACGGCAACACCUGGAUUCUGGAGCCAGAAAAACCCAGCAGGUCCGACACCAUGAGGCGGAUCGCCAUUGGAAACAAUGUAUCCAUUAAAGUGGAGGUAGAUCCCAGACACCCCCAGAUGCUGCCAGAGUGCUGCCUGCUGGGAGCUGAACACGUGGUGACUCCUCUGAGGAAUAAACUCAACUCCAACAUGCACCUGUGGAACCCGGACUCCAGCGUCUUGCGCAACCUCCGGGAUGUUUUGGAGAUUGAAUUCCCGUCACCUGCCACCCACGAAAAAUCUGAUUUCAGCACUGAGUGUGGGAUUUGUUAUUCCUAUCGUCUUGAAGCUGCGAUCCCUGAUCAGGUGUGUAACGACCCUCGCUGUGGCCAACCCUUCCACCAGGCCUGUUUGUAUGAGUGGCUGCGAGCGCUGCCCUCCAGCAGGCAGAGCUUCAGCACCGUUUUUGGAGAGUGUCCUUACUGCAGCAAGCCUAUUACUGUGAAAAUGUCGGCUCUGUCGUCCUGAGAAGAGGCUUCCUGUCAGCUCCGUCUCCACUCUGAAGAAGAGAGGAGCAAAACCUCCUCCAGCUCUUCAUCAAAAGGGGUUCAAUGCACUUUGGCAAACCGCAAAAACAACACCCAAGAAAAGGGAGACGCCCACAAAGACAGACCAGUACGGGCCUGUCGCCUGUGUUGGACCUGCUGCCCGUGCUGCCCGUCCUGCGCCU